UCUAAAUGAGGUACAUCAUAAAAGGUAGAAGUUUCUUCUUAAUUCAAUUUUAGGUGGUGUUUGGAAGAAUAGUGAGGAUGAAAUACUUAAAGCAGCUGUCAUGAAGUAUGGUCUCAAUCAAUGGUCACGUAUUUCAUCACUGCUUGUUCGAAAAUCAGCAAAAUAAUGCAAGUAGCGUUGGUACGAAUGGCUCGAUCCAUCAAUCAAGAAGACAGAGUGGACUAGAGAAGAGUAGGAGAAAGUCCUGCAUCUUGCCAAGAUAUUCCCAAGUCAGUGGAGGACUAUUGCACCAAUAGUUGAUCGUACUCCCAUGCAAUGCGUGGAGUAAUAUGAAAAACUACUUGAUCUGGUACGAAUUUGAAUUUCAUUGUAUUUUAGGCCCAAGGCAAGGAUCUGAAUGAUCCAAAUGAUCCCAGAAGACUGAGACCAGGAGAAAUCGAUCCAAAUCCUGAAACCAAAGCUGCCAGGCCAGAUCCUAUUGAUAUGGAUGAAGAUGAGAAGGAAAUGUUGGCAGAAGCUAGAGUCAGACUUGCAAACACCAAAGGUAAGAAGGCCAAGAGAAAGGCAAGAGGAAAGUUGAUUGAAGAAGCAAGAAGACUCGCUUUGUUAUAAAAGAAAAGAGAAUUAAAGGCUGCAGGCAUUCAAUAUAUCAAUCACAGAAUUGAGAAACAUCAUAUCAAAUUACAGGAUCGUAAAUACAAGGGUAUCAAUUACAAUAGAGAAUUGGCCUUUGAAAGAACUGUUCCCGAUUUUGUGCAUGAAACUACAGGAGAAGAACCUGAACCUGAUAAAAAGAUUUCAAAUGUUAGUCUGUAAGCUUUGGAGGGUUAGAGAAGAGAUGAGGAAGAAGAAAUAAGAAGGAAGAUAGAUUAAAGAAGAAUUAAGAAGUUGAAGGAGAGAGAACUAGAUCAAGCUGUUUCCUUUUAGAAUAAAUAUCAAGUUAAAUUCACACCUUAAACCAAACUAUAAUUGCCAUAACCAUAAUUGAAGGAUUAGGAUCUAGAAUUAUUGGGUAAGAUUAAUGCAGUCAAUGAAAUAUCUGAACAUACAACCUCUGCAACCAGAGCCCUUGUAGGUAACUACUCAACAAGAGAUUAGAGCUAAUCUAAUAUGAGAACUCCAAGAGCACCUAAUACUGUGUUGAGAGAGGCACAAAAUAUUAUUGCUUUAUAACAUACUGAAACUCCUUUGGUUGGGGGAAUGAACAACCCUAUUGAUAUUGUCAGGAAUAUUGGGAACUAAACACCUAAUCAGUUAGCAAAUAUGUUGAAAGAGACACCAAGAAGAUAAGUUGAGGCAUCUAAUGAUGCGUUCGGCAUUAAUAUUGAAGAAUACGAGAGGACAUGGGAAGAACCCAGUUAAAGUGUUGCAUAUGUCAAUGCUGAAUAAGAGAGGCAAUAAUAAUUGAAGAAUGAAUAGAAGUUAAAAGAAAUGAUCAAGCAGAAAUUGAAAUCGUUACCUAAACCCAAGAAUGAAUUCUCUAUUGAAAUUCCUAAAGUGGACAAUGAAGAGCAGAAAGAAAUGGAAUUGUAAGAUUAUAUGUUUAUUUUAGGGAAAUGGAUGCUGAGGACAAACUCAAAAUAUUAAAACAGAAGAAAUUAGUUGAUUAAUAGAAAAAAUUUAGACAAAAGUCAUAGGCACAUCAAAAGAACCUACCUACACCUAAAGAAUUGCCAUCUGGACAAAUUUAUGAAUAAACAGAAGAUUAAUUCAGAAAUGAAAUAGAAGAGAUACUCAAUUAUACUGUGAUUUAAUUGAUCAAAGAGGAUAUUUAUGAUAAUUCAAACGGAUUGGGAGAUGUUAGUGUAGCAAAGGAGUUAUUAUAGGAGGAAAGGGUCUAAUUGAUUGGGGAUUAAAGUUUGAAUGACCUUGACAUUAUUUGGAAUAAAGUGAGAUCAUAAUUAUAUUUUGAUUAUGAGGAAAAUAAGUUUGUCAAUAUUGAGAAAAUAGAUGAAGAAGUGAGGAUGGCCAUUUUCACCGAAUAUUUUAGAAGAACAAGAGUGCAAUACGAAAAGCUUAAUAAAAAACAAUAGUUCUUUGCAAAUAGAAUUGCUAAAUUGAUGAAAGGAUACGAGAUGAGAAAUGCUCAGUUGGAGAAGGAAAUUUCACUAUUGAAUGAUAAAAUAAGCGAAAUUGAAAUGAACAAAGAAGUAUAUUCAUAAGCAUUACAUCAUGAAAGACACAUAUACAGAGAUAGAGUUCAGGAAUUAGUUAAAUAUCAUGACAUGUUGUAAGUGAAGAGUAACGAAUUGUAGGAUAAAUAUUAAUAUUUGACUAAAUAACUUCAGGAAUUAGAUUAAGAUUAAGAAAUUUUAGCAUGAUAUUUAUAAUUAUUAUUAUGUUAU